AUGGAUGGUCGCGGCUACCCGCCGGGCCAAGGCCCUCCUAAUGGCGACGGCGAGUACGGCGAAGAAUGGGCUCGCGAUCUGAGGGUAAAGUUCGAGUCUCUGCUCCGAGACAAGCGCAUGACGGACUUGCGAGCGUCCUCCCGCCAAAACAGCCCUCAACCGAGGGAAACUGCGAGCAGCUCCAACCUCCGCGGCCUCGCAUCACCCGGCCCAGGCCGCCCCUCAACCUCACACAGCUCAACGCCCAUGCCGCCAACACCGCCCGCCUACUCCCGCCACCUUCCCAAGAUUCCCACCCCUCCCGCCGCCAACGACCGCGACUCACAAAAGUUCCGCAACCUCAUGAUCAGCCUGUCUCUCACCCCAACCAAGUACGAGAACCCCGGUCUGCUGGAUGAGGCUCUGCAAUGCAUACCGCUAGACAGGAUCUACGGCGAGGCCGAGGAGGAAUGUCAAGUCAUGCAGGCCGAGGCCGAGAGCAUGGGAGAUGGACGGAAGGCCACUUGGGGCUAUCAAGAUUGUGUCAUCCGGGCAUUAUUGAGAUGGUUCAAGCGAUCAUUCUUCACCUGGGUCAACAACCCCCCGUGCCCCGUCUGCCUCUCGCCCACAAUAGCCCAGGGCAUGACGCCCCCGACUCCCGAUGAAAGUGCUUGCGGCGCACUUCGAGUCGAACUCUACCGCUGCUCGGCUGGCGACUGCGGCGCUUACGAACGAUUCCCGAGGUACGGCGAUGUGUGGCGACUACUGCACACCCGUCGAGGACGUGUUGGCGAGUGGGCCAACUGCUUCAGCAUGCUUUGCCGUGCUGUCGGAGGCAGGGUUCGCUGGAUCUGGAAUGCUGAGGACCACGUCUGGACCGAGGUCUACUCGGAACACCAGAAGCGUUGGGUCCACGUUGACGCCUGCGAAGAGGCGUGGGACAACCCUCGUCUCUACACCGAGGGCUGGGGCAAGAAGAUGUCGUACUGCAUCGCCUUCUCCAUCGACGGAGCCACCGAUGUCACGAGGCGGUAUGUCCGCAAGAGCGACUUCACCGCCGAGCGCAACAGGUGUCCGGAGGAGGUGCUGCUGUACAUCUUGAAUGAGAUUAGAGGCAUCCGGCGCAGCAACAUGAACAAGGACGAAAAGUUCCGGCUCGAGAAGGAGGAUAGCCGCGAGGACCGCGAGCUCCGUGGAUACGUCAUCAAUUCGAUUGCCCAAGCCGUCACCGACCUCGUCCCUGGCAUGCCCAGUCCGUCCGGCAGCACGCCUCCCGCGCAAGCUCCGCCCAGGCGACGGGACGAUACCAAGUUGCCUGCUGAGCAACCCGGUCGUCAGACGGGGUCGGCCGAGUACCUCGCCGCUCAAGCCAACGCGAGGCAUCACCAGUUCCCUCCGCACGACCCGAGCCGUCGUCGCGAUCUGCCUUGA